AGAGCAACAAGCACAAACCCAUCCAACCCUCUCACCAACCCUUCCUCGCACAAGCAACGUAUCAGCCAGCCAUGAGCCACGAAGAGGACCUCAUCGACUACGAGUCAGACGACGAGCAGACCGUCCAGCCUGUCCAGGCAAAGCAGACACCCGCGCAGGACGACAAAAAGGGAUCCUACGUCGGUAUCCACAGCACAGGCUUCCGCGACUUCCUCCUCAAGCCAGAGCUCCUCAGGGCUAUCACCGACUGCGGCUUCGAGCAUCCUUCAGAGGUCCAACAAGUAUGCAUUCCGCAGGCCAUCCUCGCCAUGGAUGUCCUCUGCCAGGCCAAGUCCGGUCUCGGUAAGACGGCGGUCUUUGUCCUUGCAACCCUCCAGCAGAUUGAGCCCGUCGACGGCGAAGUCUCCGUCAUUGUCCUCUGCCAUACGCGUGAACUCGCGUACCAGAUCCGCAAUGAGUAUGCCCGCUUCAGCAAGUAUCUGCCCGGCGUCAGGACUGCCACCUUUUAUGGAGGUACCUCCGUGACCAAGGACGUCGAGAUGCUCAAGGACAAGGCACAGUGCCCGCACAUUGUCGUCGCAACGCCCGGUCGCCUCAACGCCCUCAUUCGCGACAAGCAGCUCCGUGCAGGCAGCGUCAAGCAUUUCGUGCUCGAUGAGUGCGACAAGAUGCUCGAUACGAUGGACAUGCGACGCGAUAUCCAGGACAUCUUCCGCGCAACACCUCACACUAAGCAGGUCAUGAUGUUCUCCGCCACGCUUGCCCAGGAGAUCCGACCUGUGUGCAAGAAGUUUAUGCAGAACCCGCUCGAGAUCUUUGUGGACGACGAGACAAAGCUCACCCUGCACGGCCUCCAGCAGCACUUUGUCAAGCUCGAGGAGAGCCAAAAGAACCGCAAGCUCAACGACCUCCUCGACUCGCUCGAAUUCAACCAGGUCGUCAUCUUUGUCAAGAGUGUGCGUCGUGCUGAAGAGCUCGACCGGCUGCUGCGCGAGUGCAACUUCCCCUCGAUUGCCAUUCAUGGAGGCCUCUUGCAGGAGGAGCGUAUUGCGCGUUACAAGCAGUUCAAAGCCUUUGAGAAGCGUAUCUGCGUGUGUACCGAUGUCUUUGGCCGUGGUAUCGACAUUGAGCGCAUCAACAUCGCCAUCAACUACGACAUCCCAGCAGACCCAGACUCGUACCUCCACCGCGUCGGUCGUGCAGGUCGUUUCGGCACAAAAGGUCUGGGCAUCACGUUCGUCUCGACACCGGAGGACCAGGAAGUGCUUGCCAAGAUCCAGGGACGCUUCGAAGUAUCCAUCACGGAGCUCCCAGACGAGAUUGACCAGUCCUUGUACAUGAAUGCCUAGUGCGUACCCGUCUAUGUAGAACUCUUGCUGCUCU